AUGGCUCCUCGCAAGCGCGCCGCUGCUCAGCUGCCCUUUGGUGUACCUAGCACCAGCCCCAUGAAACGGAAGGCUGCUAGGGAGGUGGUUGACAUACACCCACAUAAGCGCACUCAGGCGGCGCAUCUGCAAGCAUGGCUUAAUGCACUGCUUGCCAGGAAACCACUCCCCUCAAUUCCCAGCCCUUCCAAGACACUAGAAGAGGAUAAUCCCUACUUCUCCGAGCCUCUUGAGCCGCCACAGACACUUCCUGAUCAUUCUGGGGAUCCUAGCCAGCACUCAGAAGAUGCAUCUGUUCAGCCUUUGGUCUCAAACGGAAAUCUUGAUGAGCCAAUGCCUGCAGUCAAUGAGCGUGCUGUAUGGGCUGCAGACAAUUGGGAAACUCUUUUGCCCAAGUUGGAAUCUGUUCGGGUGCAGAUCCGUCUGUGCCAAUGCAAAUGCCUGCCCGUGCUGCUCUUGGAGAAUGGGGUAUUUCCGGGAACUCCUGUCAAGCCACGGAUAGGAGUUUCUCUCGACGUUUUGGACUCGUACCGAGCCUACUUCGAGCGAUCUGCCAAUGCAAUCACAGCCCUAGCUGCCUCCUUGGCUACAGUAUAUUGGCGUCGGGGAUUUGAGCUGGGAUUUGAUUCGACGGCUGUGGAACACAUUGACAAUCCCUUCCGCAACGUGCUGUCACAUGCUGUUCUCUACUCAUCUCUGGUUUGUUCGCGGUUGGAGAAGCGACUUGAAGUGUGUCUGAGAGUAACAGAAGAUGUCAUAGCAGUGGAGGAAAAAGCUGAGAGACGAGCUGAGCUUGAAAAUGCUGAGAUGCCAUUGGCAGCUGGGCUUGAUGCAGAAUUUGGAGGUGUGGAGUCUGCGCUGUCUGGCGGAGCGGAGCAGGCACCAGCCUUGGAUGCUGGCCACGUAUCUGAGGACCCAUCUGCAUUGACACAUUUGACCAAAGGACGUGCCGAUUGUGUAUUACAAGAACGGUGUCCUGCCUGCUUUGCACUGGAGGAAUGGGGAAAAUUGCUGAGCGAAGGUGGUGAUGUGCAGCUGGGAGGAGAUGGGUGUUUCAGCCUACGACAUCUUUGCUCCUCUGGAGAUGGUCCCAUUCCCUUCUCCCCAGCAUACUUCCUGAGUGACACAGAGAUGGAAACUACUCGUGCGCGCAUCACUGCUGCAAGAGCCAAGCCGCCUCGCAAAUUCAAACCUGCCAUUCCUCAGGCUGCUCUCGACUCAUGUUAG